AUGCGCAGACAAAGGACGACACGUCGCCGCCGACCAAACAUGCCACGAAUCUACAGACCUACCUUUGGUGUCGAACUCCUGAUGGCCCACGUUGCCGUUCUAUCUUCUCCCGCAGCCAAAGCCUUCUUUAAGAAUGCCAAUAUUCCACAACGAUUCAGCAAGGUCAUCAACUGCUUUCGUGCUGCAAUGAACCCAGAUGAAUUGAGAUCAGACAUGUCAGAUGAUGCUAAGACAGCAAGGUACCCAAUAAUCUGGGAUUCAGGUGCAACAACCUCAAUCUCACCUUACAAGGACGACUUUGUGGGAAAACUUGAGCCAGCAUCUCUUGGACUCAAGCUUCAUGGAAUCGCUAGUGGCCUGAAAAUCAAAGGAAUUGGACAUGUUGCAUGGUCAGUGGUUGACACAACUGGCAUGUUACAAACAAUCAAGGUGCCUGCCCUAUACGUACCUUCUGCCACAGCUCGAUUGCUCAGUACUUCAAGUUUGCUCCAGACAUACACCGAUGAGUCCAUCUCAAUGAACGCUGAUCAUCUACAGUUGUCAGGAUCAGACAAAACAAAUCCAGUACAUGUUGACCAUGACCCUUCAACAAACUUGCCAACAUCGCUUGCCUACUCCCAUGGAACCGCCCCUAACCAAUUUGAUGCAUUCGCCAGCAUCAUCACGUCCACCUUGGAGUCAAACCACAACCUCAGUCCCGCAGAGAAAGAACUCCUAAGAUGGCACCAUCGGCUUGGCCAUCUCAACUUCAGUCAGAUCCAAUUUCUCCUUGUUAGAAUAAAGCAAAAUGUGCUCUAUCGUGAGUGCCUUUAG